GUGGCGGCCGGCCAGCAGUCCUGCACGGCGGCGGCUGCAGACAUGUCCGUGUUCACACAGCUGGGCCUGCUGCUGUGGAAGAACUUCACCUACAGACGCCGACAGACGCUCCAGCUGCUGGUGGAGCUCAUCUGGCCGCUCUUCAUCUUCUUCAUCCUCAUCGCUGUGCGGCUCAACUACCCCCCCUACGAGCAGCACGAGUGUCACUUCCCCAACAAGGCCAUGCCGUCGGCAGGAACGUUGCCGUGGAUUCAGGGGAUCCUCUGCAACGCCAACAACCCGUGCUUCAGGAACCCGACGCCGGGCGAGUCGCCGGGCGUCGUCGGAAACUUCAACGACUCCAUAAUUUCCCGCCUGUUUUCAGAUGCCAAGAAGAUUUUGCUUUACAGCCAGAACGACCGAAACCUGGAGGGCUUCAAGGAGCUGGCCCGGGCCCUGGAGGUUCUGCAGAGCAGCCGCUCAGGUAGCAACCGGGGGUCCGCAG